GUAGAAUCGCCUCAUUUUCAUUUUAAAUAUUCGAAAUAAAAAUAUUAGAAAGUGUUCAUUGAGUAAGUGGAAGUACUUCACAAUUGUUAACUUAACAAAGAAAUUUCAUCGCUACUGAGUUAAACUUCCUGAACAUUUCAUUUGCAGAUAUAAUGGCUAAAAUAAUCCAGCAAGAAACUUUCGAUGCAAUUAUUAAGGAAAACAUUGUCGAGUUUUCUAUGUCUUUAGAUGAAGCUCGUGAAGAAACAAUUAGUCAGUUUGAGGCACAGGGAAUCAAUUUGGCAAAUAUCAUUAAAGAUUUAGACAUAAAUGAAGAAACAGGAAAUACCAUUUUGAAUGAAGCAAUUGAAGGCGUUAAGAAUCAUGUUGAAAGCACAAAAAGAUUGGAUGAUACUCAAUUGAAUGCAACUCUUGAAGCUCUAAUUAAGGAAUUGAACAAGUCAGUACCCCAUAGAGUUUUGGCAUCAAAAAGUUGUACUCAGGAGUAUUUAUUAAAAAUCAUGGAAGAUGAAGUCAAGAAGAAUGAAACUAAUCAUGCUAAAGACUCGAUUCUCCACAAGACUAUAUUAUGCGCCCACGCAAUUACGAACAAAAAUCCAGACAUCUUUAAUGAAAAGUCACUUAGGACGAUCAAUAAGAUAUUAGAUACGGAAAAGAAUGAGCAUAUAGUAUGUGAUAUUUUAAAAUGGAUCCAAAAAGCAUGUUUAUUGCAUGAGCUGAAUCGUCAGAUGAUUGUUAAUGAAGAGUUGCUUAUAACUCACUUGAAGCCUUUACUUUUGGGGAGGAAGGAAAUUGAAAUUGUCCGUAAUGUCUGCACAUGCCUUCGUUAUUUAAUUCUCGAUGAUGAUAUUCGUGUAGAGUUUGGUAAAGCUCAUGAGCAUGCACGUUUAAUUGCACAUGAAUGCUUGUCAGAUCUGACUCUAUUAUUAACGGAAUUUAAAGAAAAUCCAGACGUGCUAGCUGAAUUGAUGCUUACAAUUGCAGCACUUUGUGUCCGAAAUGAAUUUUGUCAAGUUGUUGCCGAGGCAAAUGGAAUAGUAUUAAUUAUGGAUGCAAUGGUAACAUUUCACGACUCUUUAAAAGUCAUACGAGAAUCUAUGAAGCUUCUUAAGGCUCUGGGUGGUAAUGAUAAAGUAAAAGUGGAUAUAAUCAAAAGUGGUGCUGCUUCUAUAAUUGAAAGUUCGUUUAAUCGACACAAAGCAGAUGAAGUACUUGCAAAAAAUGCCUUAGCAUGUAUAACAACCUUAUCUCUUCGUUCUAAAGACAAUUCGACUGCAUUUUUCGAAUCUGGAAUUGCUGAAACUAUUUUGGAAGCGAUGAAAAUUCAUGCAAAAAGUCAAGUCGUUCAACGAAAUGCUGCUUGGGCAAUUCGUAACAUGGUUUCCCGAUCUCGUGAACAAUGUGAAGGUUGGAUAAGUCUUGGAAUUGAAGAUAUAUUGAAAACAGCAGCAGUUAAUCAUCCAUCAUUAGAUCAAGAUUUAAGAUAUGCUGCUAGAGAUUUAGGACUUCAAGUGAAGCUUAAAGAAGAAUGGAAAGGAACUGCUGAUAAAGCUAUUAGUAAUGAGUAAUCUCUUUAUUCAUACAUCUAUUUUGCACACCAAUCAUUUACGUACCCAUGUUAAUUAACUUUUUUAUACUUACGCACUAAUUUCGAUGAAAUAAAAUUUAACGCUUGCA